AUGAAUAGUAAUAUCUAUACACCACCUUCACCAUUAUCACCAAGAUACUUUAAUAAUAGUAAUCAACGUCACCAACAACAACAACAACAUAGUAACAUUAAUCACUAUAGUAAUAAUAAUAAUAGUAAUAAUAUAAUACACCAACAAUCAGAUUAUACUUCAUCUUCUGGUUCUUCAUCUUCAUCUUCAGAUGAUAAUAAUAAUAGUAAAAGAAUGAAAAGAAAAGGAGGGAUUGUUAAAAAGUCAAUUAUACCAUAUACAAAAGUAGUAACAGAAGACUUUAACAACUAUAAUAAUAAUAAUACAGAGAAUGAAGAAGAGGAGGAAGGAGAUGGAGCAUUUUAUGAUUCAAACUCUGACUUUUCAGUAUUGUCUGUGACGAAUAGAAAAGAUUUAGAAGUUUGUAUGGGUGUAUUGAAAAGAGAGAUCUAUCAAUUUAAAAACCUUUCACAAACUUUGAUUCAAAGAAUAUCAAAUCUUGAAAAGAGUGUUGACAAUGAAAGAAAUAAUCCUCUUCCUCUUUCAUCUCUAAACUCUGCUUCUUCCUCCUCCUCUACUCAUCCAUCAAUUAUAUUUGACGAUGAUAUGGCAAAUAAUGAAAGAUUGUUAACUAAUUGUUUGGCAGAGGUACAUAGACUAUUGGAGAAACAAAAACAAUAUGAAAUACUAUUAUCUCAACGUGAACAAUAUUGGGAGUUGGAAAUGGAUACUAUUAAACAUCGUAUAAUGGAAAUCUAUGGAAAUAGACAACAAUCACCACAACAACAAUCAUUAUUAUCAUCUGAACAUCUAGUAGUAGAUGAAAAUGAAGAAUAUCAACAACAACAACAAAAAAUAUUACAAUUACAACAAUUGCAAUCACAAAACAAACCAAUGACAUUAUUUAAAAAGAUUUAUUUAUUUAUUUUUGGAAAGAAUCCAACUGUUUGGAGAAAAUUAUUAGUUGUUACUAUUAUUUUGGUUGUAUGGCCAAUUGUUUCUCAUUUUAUUUGGAAAGCUUUCAAGUCUUGGUGGAGUAAUCGUACUGCUAAGAAAUUGGCACUUAUUCAACAAAGACAACAACCUCCUAUCGUCAUACCAGCAACCAAACCAACAAUCUCUUCUACAACUUCCAAUGUAAUUGGUAAUCUUAUUAAAAAUAGAAAAAACAAAAAGAAAAGAAAUAACAACAACAGUGAUAAUAAUAAUAAUUUAAAUAAUCAAAAUCAAAAUCAAAAUAUUAAUAAUCAAAAUAAUAAUAAUGGUAAUGUUGUUGUACCCAACAACAAUGGUAAUAUUAAUGGUAAUGGUGGUGGUAAUACCAUCCCAGGAAAUGGUAUAAGUGCACCUGAUAUUGUAAAAGCGUUUAUUCAAGGUGUUAGUACAGGUGAUGGAGGUGGUCCAUCAACCAAUACUUUUACAUCUCUUACCAAUUCUUUAUUAAAUGAUAAUGUAAAUAAUAAUAAUAAUAAUAAUCAAUCAACCAACACUAUACUAAAUAAUAAUAAUAGUAGUAAUAAUAAUAUUAAUAAUAUUAUUAUUAAUAAUAUAAUUAGUAAUGGAUUUAGUAUAAAUUCAUUGUUACCUUCACCACCAUCAUUUUCAUUACCAUCUCAAAAUCAAACAUCCAACUCUUUAUCAUCAAACUCUAAUUCCUCCUCCUCUUCUUCUUCUUCUUCUUCAACUAUCACUUCAUCGAACCAAAGCAUUACCAAUCUAAUUUCCAGUUUACCAACAUCAACCACUUCUACCAAACCAAGUGACAGAUUCAUGGUAUCACUUGCCAAAAGAUUACUUGGUGUAGGUGGUGGUAAUAACAGUGAUAAUAGUAGUAAUACUAAUCAACACGACGAUGAUCAUCACGAUGAUUAA